AAUGUCUUGAAUAUGUGAAUUUGGAAUUUUCUUAAUGUAUGAAAUCCAAAUUCAUGCAUGCCAAUCCACCAUACACCUUCUUCAAACCCUUAUAUAAGCAAACCUCAUUUGGCUCUAGCUCAAUCCACAUCUCAAACAAACCAAAAUAUUAUAUAUCCUUCAUAGAUUAUAUAUAUUUGGUUGAAUAUUUCUCCUCAUCACUCUUAAAUUCACUAGCCAUUUAAUUACCUUUAGGCAUUAUUCCAUUAAUUAUUGAUCAAACCUUACAUUAAUUAAUUAGAAGUAUAUUAUAAUGGAGAGGGUGACAGAGUUGGCAUCAGAGAGAUCAGUGGUGAUUUUCAGCAAGAGUAGUUGUUGCAUGUGUCACACAAUCAAAACACUAUUAAGUGAUUUUGGAGUGAAUCCAGAAGUUCAUGAACUUGAUGAGAUAAAUGGAGGAAGAGACAUUGAACAAGCUCUUUUAAGGUUAGGAUGCAACCCUUCUGUUCCUGCUGUGUUCAUUGGUGGUGAGUUUGUUGGUGGAGCUAAUGAAGUUAUGAGUCUUCAUCUUAAUAGGUCUUUGAUUCCAAUGCUUAGAAGAGCAGGAGCACUUUGGGUUUGAUUUCAAAUUCUCAUAAUGAGUUACUAUGUAUAAUAAAUCUGUUUUGGUUAGUUACUUUGUAUAAUGGUGAGAUUAUAUAUAGUAUAAGGCCGGCAGGGUGUAUUAAAACUAUAGGAUAUAUGUAUAAUAGCAGAGUUUAUAUAAAUGUAUGCUACUAUAAUGUAUAAUAAUAAGGCUAAUUUACUUGCCUCAUCAAUGUAUAAUUUAGCUUCUUCUUCAAA